UUUACUACCACUGGUGACAGUUGACGUCAUCGGCUUUGAAUUUGAACAGUGUUUUUAUUGAAAUCGCCUUGAACUAACUAAUAGUUCCCAUGAUACGAUAAUUGACUGUUUUCUUUUAUUAUUUUUAACUUAAAACAGUGACAGUCUUAGUGAAACGCCAGUCCAUCAUGUGCAGAUAACCUUUACAAUUGGAAUAUUCUAAUCGAGUUAUUAGUAAGUAUUUUUCACUUUGUUUUUAUUGAAAAAGCUUAGCCUUGUGCAUUGAGGCGUGUCUCCCUCGCCAAGGUAAUUUUUUUGCUAAAUCCGACACGGAACCAACCAAUUUCGAUGACUAUUGUCAUUAAACUGAGAUGCGAUAUCAUUUACUUUAUCUUAUCAGAGAGAUUAUGUACACAAGUGUUAAAUUUGUACCGUGUAAUGGACAACACAUUACGUACCGUGCAAACGGGUGCCGUGCACACCUGCGGAAAUUUCCUCCAAUUCAUAACUACCAGGAACAUAUGGCUUCAAAAGAGUUGACACUCAGCUUCCACAACCUAAUCAAGCGAGAUGAGGAACUAUACAGCUACACAAACUACGGCAUGGACACCCCGACUCCAUCAUCGGCCCAGGACUGCCUGCAGAUGUUCACCAAGUUCGACCCCAACCCUGGGCCGGAUUCCGACUUCGACCUGAGCCUGGCUGUUCCGGAGUCGCUCUCCAUUAUUGAAACAGAUAAGAGUGGGAAAGAAGAGACUGAUGCUGUUGCCACACAAUCCAAUUCCGUGCCAUACAAAACCGUCCAUGACCCACCGAUCAAGUUCAAAUCGGUGCACAGGAAAGUGUUCAUUCCCGGCGUGGAAAUAAAGGUCAGAAUAGAAGAGAACGAGCGCAGCGUGACUACACACCUACUAAACCCUAAUUUAUACACAAUUAACCUCCAACACGGCGACUUCACAUGGACGGUCCGCAAGCGCUACAAGCACAUACUGUACCUGCACCAGCAGCUGACGCUGUACCGCGCGUCGCUCGACAUCCCCUUCCCCACCAAGACGCACAAGUCGCGCCGCGCCAGCUUCAAGAACACGUUCAACAACGAGGAGAAGGCUGAGAAGGUUGCUCUGGAGGCCUUACCACGAAGUCAGUCGAAGAAAAUGGCUCGGCCGAAAAAAAGAAAAGGCGCGUUGCCCAGAUUUCCAAAGAAGCCAGAGGUAAUGGUCACAUACGAGGGAAUCCAGCUAAGGAUGAAGCAGCUAGAAGAAUAUUUAUACAAUUUACUCAAUAUUUCCAUUUAUAGGAAUCACCACGAGACGGUCAAAUUCCUUGAAGUGUCAAACCUGUCGUUCAUAUCAGAGUUUGGGUGUAAGGGCAAGGAAGGCAUGGUGCUGAAGCGCACCGGUUCCACCCAACCCGGGCAAGCUGGGUGUAACUGCUUCGGCCUAUUAGGAGCGGCUGUGUGUGUCAGAUGUAACUACUUCUGCACGGGUCUGGUGUGCGCGAAAUGGCAGGAGCGGUGGUUGUUCGUCAAGGACACGUUCUUCGGGUACCUGCGGCCCAGCGACGGGUCCGUCAAGGCCGUCAUGCUGUUCGACCAGGGUUUCGAAGUAUCAAGCGGCAUGUACUCCACCGGUCUGAACCAUGGCCUGCAGAUCCUGAACCAGAGUCGACAGAUGGUCAUAAAGUGCUGGACGAAGCGGAAGAGCAAGGAGUGGAUGCAGUACCUCAAGGCCGUCGCCAAUCAGACUGCUCGAGAAUUCACACACCCAAACGUCCACCAUUCGUUCGCGCCGCCGCGCGCCGCCACGCCCGUCGGCACCUUCGUGGACGGCUCACCCUACUUGGCUGCCGUCGCCGAAGCUAUGGAGCUCGCCAAAGAAGAAAUAUUCAUCGCCGAUUGGUGGCUCAGUCCAGAGAUAUAUAUGAAGAGGCCUGCUCUUAACGGGAACUAUUGGAGGCUGGAUACUUUACUAAAGAGGAAAGCGGCCCAAGGCGUGAAGAUCUUCAUACUGCUGUACAAGGAAGUGGGGAUGGCGCUCGGCAUCAACAGCUUUUACAGCAAGAGCCGAUUGGCCAGCGAAAAUAUUAAGGUUUUCCGUCACCCAGACCACGCGCGCGGCGGGAUCCUGUUCUGGGCGCACCACGAGAAGAUCGUCGUCGUCGACCAGUGCGUCGCCUUCCUCGGCGGGAUCGACCUCUGCUACGGCCGGUGGGACGACUACAAACACAGGCUGACGGACCUAGGCAACAUCACGCAGACCUCUUACUCCAUCAGAACGAAGAAGAAAACGUCCAGCUCCCCCGGCGGCGGCAUGUUCCACACUCAAAACGGCGGUGACGUCACGCUCGAGCUCGCCAAACACUCUAGGGACAUCAUCAUUGGAGCCAAUGAUACCAUCCAAAUCGCAACCACAGAAGUGGAAGAAGAAAAAUCAACCAUCGAUCCCAACACCCCCGACCCGGACCUACCUCAACUCCAACCAGGCGACCAUCUACUAAUAACCCCAAACACACGGACGGACAAAGAUGACAGUCCAGUAGAAAGGAGGAACGUGCUCAAUAAGAUAACAGAGAGAUCCAAAGAUAUAUUGAGUAUAGUGUAUCCUCCUUAUGAGGAGGGAAGGAAUGAGAGAGAGUUUGAUGACUCGGAGAGGAAGAAAGCGGAGAAAUAUGCGCAGUCGAAUGAUCAGGUGUUGCUGACGGACGCGUUAACUACGAAGGGAAUGGUGACGAGAAGCAAAAGCGUGAGCAAGCCGCCGCCGCUCGCGCAAGUGGUGGAGGGGCGAGUGAUCACGGAGAGCACCAAGGACAAGCUGGAGGGCAUCGAGGGCAACUCUAAGCUGUGGAUAGGGAAGGACUACACCAACUUCAUCGUUAAAGACUUCAAUAGCCUGGACCUGCCUUUUGUUGACCUUGUGGACCGCAACUCAACGCCCAGAAUGCCGUGGCACGACAUCGGAGUCGUGGUACAAGGCGCGGCCGCGAGAGACGUAGCGAGGCACUUCAUACAACGAUGGAACGCUAUUAAACUGGAGAAGGCCAGGCAAACCGCGAGCUACCCAUACCUUCUGCCGAAGACGUACUCCGAGAUCAAACCGUUGCCAGAGCUGGAAAAGUAUCUGAACACUGACAUACACAACAUGUCAUGUCAGGUGCUACGGAGCGUGUCGAGCUGGUCCUGCGGAUUCCUAGACCCGGACACGGUGGAGCAAAGCAUACACGAAGCGUACGUGGACACUAUCACACGCGCUCAGCACUAUAUCUACAUCGAGAACCAGUUCUUUAUAACAUUGUCGCGAACCAGCCAGGCCGUGAGGAACCAGAUAGGGGAAGCGUUAUUCAACCGGAUAAUGCGCGCGCACCGCGCUAAUGAGACGUUCCGCGUGUACGUGGUGAUGCCGCUGCUGCCUGGCUUCGAGGGGGAGGUGGGGGGGCCCUCGGGCACCUCGCUACAUGCCGUCACGCACUGGAACUAUCAGAGCAUUUGCAGGAGCCGAGAAGCCAUCUUAACCCGCCUCUACGAAGCGGACGUCUCUGACCCCUCCCAAUACAUCACGUUCCACGGCCUCCGCACACACUCCACGCUCGAAGGCGAGCCGGUCACCGAGCUCAUAUACGUGCACUCCAAACUACUGAUAGCCGAUGACAAGACUAUUAUAUGCGGGAGUGCGAACAUCAACGACCGGUCCAUGAUUGGGACGAGGGAUUCGGAGAUCGCUGUGCUUUUACAGGAUGAAAGCUUCACCGACGGCACCAUGAACGGCCAAGCGUUCCCCUGCGGCCGCGUGGCCGGCGCGCUCCGGAAGCGUCUCUUCAGGGAGCACCUGGGCCUCAUGGAGGAGGACCUGGACCGCGUGGACAUCAACCUGGGCGACCCGUGCUCCGAGCAGUUCUACCGGCACGUGUGGCAGGGCUUCUCCAAGAGGAACACCGACGUUUACGAGGAGGUAUUCCACUGCCUCCCCACUGACGCCGUCCACUCGUUCGCCGAACUCAAGAAGUACCAAGAAGAGAACAAGCAGACCCUCUGGCACAGCGACCCGGCGCUCGCGAACAGGAAAAUAGACCUUAUACAAGGGAACCUGGUCGAUAUGCCGCUCAAUUUCCUCUGCAACGAGGUGCUCACGCCGCGGACGACCAGUAUGGAGGGCAUGAUGCCAACUGCUUUAUGGACUUAAAUCUCCACACAAAAUUUUGGAAGGAAAUUAGAGAUACGGGAUUCCACCUAUCCAAUUUCGUUGUCCAAUAUCAUUGCGUCUCUCUCUCUCAUUAAGCAAAAUGUGAGACGCAAUACAAAUUGGACAAAGAAAUUGGAUAGGUGGAAUAUUAUUUCGGGACCGUUACGACCUUGAAAUCUUCAAGAUAAGAGCGUAUUCCCAUCUUAAAGGCCGGUAACGCUAAUCUGUCAUUCAGUAAAUAUACUUGGUCAAGCAGAUCUUGUCAGCAGAAAAAGGCGGUAAAUUUGAAAAAUGUAGGCGCGAAGAGAUAUCGUCUCAUAGAAAAUUUGAAUUUCGCGCCUUUUUCUACUUAUUUUCUAUGGAUAACCAUAGUAUAAAAAGCCAUAGACAGACCAUAGAUAAUACGUAAAUAAGGUAAUAUUGUACAAAAAACGUGUGAAGUCUUGCACAUCUACUUCCGCCAUUCGGCGGCCAACAAGUCUGCCGCGCUAAGCAUACGUAAAGGAUAACUUCAAUACGUAACAUAAUGUUAGAAUAUAUAAGAGUCAGCAGCAGAAGUUGCUACGGACGAGGUGUUGAAAAUUAUCUUGACGCACUCUGAGGGUCGGUUGCAGCAAACUGUUAAAGAGUUCGCAAAAUUUUUAUACAUAUAUGGAAAAUUUCAUAGUAAAGCAGGGGCGCGCCGGCUGACGUUGAUCAGUCUGUCAAAUGUGGUUGGUCCAACUGGCCCUUAUUCUCUUAACAAUAAAGUCGCCUCAAGAUCAUUUUGAACACCUGUCCCGCUUAACAACUAUUGCUGCUGAUUGUACAACAUUUUUUGUGGGUGCCACGUAAGCAAAUUACAAUCAAAAUAUUUUUUGUCAUUUAUUAUCCACAUUAUUACAAAAUAUCACACGUUCAAAUUAAAUAAAAAAUAAAAUAACCCCCUCUGCAUCAUGCCUGGCUCAAAGGUCCCCAUAUCCAUAGUUAUGGGCUGAUUUAGACGGCGCGCGAACUAGCAUGCGUUUUUAGUUACAUUGCGGAUUGUUGGUUACGUCCAAUUCAACCGACCGAUCAAAACCCGCAAUGUAAUGAAACUCGCAUGCGAGUUCUCGUCGUCUAAAUGAGCCCUUAUGCCUGCAGGCAUAAUGCGGUCACCACACUGAUAGGCAACCGUGUGAGUGAUUACCUAAUAUCCUUAAUUACUAUGGAUUACUUCAUGUUCACUUUAGUAUGGAGGUUUAUAUUAUUAAUUUAUUAUCUGAAUAUAUUUAUCGAAUAAACGUAAUAUUAUGGUAAAAUGGAGAGAAUUUUAUACAUAUAUGAUUUACCAUGAGUGGUGCUUGUUCAUAGUUUAUUUUAUGUCAAGAACCUGUAAGUUUAAGUAGGUAUAGCGAUGUAAUACUUAAAGUAGGUAAAAUUUUUGAGAUAAAAAAUACUUUUCAGAUUUUAAAAUACCUAAUAUCUGCUCAGUAGGCUUAGCACAGAAGCGCCGCGACAGUAUCUCGACCGCGAGAUAAACUACUAAUCUAAUUAAUACAGUUAUUUACUGACGCGAUCUCGCGACACUCCUGUGCUAAGCAAGUUGCAAAAGCAAAAGUUAGACGAAAUAUAAAGUGGUCUAGUUAAAACAUAUUUUUGUGUAACUAAUAAAUCGACGCUAAAGAAUCAAUACUGUCUAAGUAACAAAUAAUUUAAAAUUUAGACAAUUAUGGCAUGCUAUUCGUUAUUUUUUUCUGCACCUAACUGCAUUAAAAGGUAAAAAAUGUCAAAAAUGUUAGUUAGACAGUAUUGAAUCUUAAGCGUCGAAAUCAUUUUUCAUAUUUCGUCAACCUUAACUUCCGCCAGUUCCGAAAAGGUAUCGAUUUAGACCUUUUUUCAAGUUUUUUUACCUACACUGGUGCUUUUUUGAGAUUAUUAUGAAUGUCUUAAUUUAACUAUAGGUAAUAGGUAUCAGCACCAGAGAGCCUACCGCGAACCACAUUCGACGUGUUGCCUCGCUAUCAUACUUAAGUACGAAUUUACAAGUGCGACAGAGAGGCAACACGUCGUACGUGGUUCACGGUAGGCCCUCAAGAGUUCACGCACAAACCCACAUGCGUGAUUUAAAAUGACAGCGGGAUUUAUACAUUUGUAUUCUUUGUCAUAUAAUGAUUAGAAGUUCAACAGCCCAUUUGAAAAACUGACCAAAAUACAUCGAAGUAGUAAAAUUUUUUUAGCUCAAAUGUCUGCAUUUAAUUCGCUUUUAACCAUUUAUUCAUUCAUUACCUUUUUUGCAAUAAUAAUAACUCCUCGGCCGAUUCGGCACUCUAUGACACUCUAUUUUUUGUAGCUGUUGAUGUGAUACCUCGACUCUCCUGCCGAUCGAUACCUAUAAAUGUUUUUAUUGUGCCUAUUUUAUUAUUGUUAACUCUACCACCUUAGUAUUAUAUUUUAUAGUAUUUAUUGUCUUAAUCGAACAAAAUUAUAAUUUUGUAAUUUAAUUUAUAUUAAUGAUAAUUCAAGAUUUUUAAUAUUUGACCUUCAGUUUUCUUACAAUUCUUAUUCAGGUACCUAAUAGCAUAAUUUUUCAAAUACACGUUCACUUUUUUACUCUGAAUGCAUAACCAUAAAGUACCUAAAUGUUUGUAUUUUGAGUACCUGCAAAAUGUCUUGUAGGUGCUUAUCUUUAGACAUACAUAACAUACUCCAUACAUUUUUACUUAAAUUAUAGUAUACAGGGUAACUUAAGCGAAAACAAACAUAAUCAGCGUUUUAUUAUUAUAAUUAAGUAAAGAUGUUUUUAUAUUGCUUUUAAGGAUAUCCUGUAUACUACAGGAUAUCCCCCCCACCCCCUAUGUAGUACAAAUAAAAACAUUCCAAUCAUAACUUGCCUCCAAUAUGAUGAUAUUAUACCUACCUACUUAUUAUUCCAGAUAAAAUACGUAUUAUUAACUAUAAUUAAAUAUUCCAAACAUUACUUUCCUAUCAAUCCUCAUAAGUAAGAUGAUGUACGUAUUUCUGUAAUUUUUGUUCAAUAUCUGGUAGCAAUAAUGUUAUUUGUGCUUUGUCUUCAAUGUUUUUCCGAAAAUAUUUUUUUUAUAAAAAA